CUAAGCUAAACUCACAAUGGCAGUGGUAUAAUUUCGAAUCCUCGUGUCUGUGUUUCUGUUCAAAGGUUCAAACUCUUGUUGUAAGCUUUUGUGUGUGAAAAGAAAAUUAAACAUGGCUGGAGUUUUAUUUGAAGAUAUUUUUAAUGUUAAAGACAUUGAUCCGUCAGGGAAGCAGUUCGAUCGAGUGAGCCGACUCCACUGCGAGAGCGAGUCUUUCAAGAUGGAUCUCAUACUGGAUGUCAACACAUGGCUGUAUCCCAUGGAUCUUGGAGACAAGUUCCGACUGGUGCUGGCUACCACGCUGAGAGAGGACGGCUAUGCGGACUCGGGGGAGUGGAACCCGGUUGAGUUGGAGAGUUCGCGCGCAGACAGCUUUGAGUACGUCAUGUACGGCAAGAUAUAUCGCAUAGAGGGCGACGAGAACUCCAAGGAACCGUCCAAGAACAAGCUGGCCGCUUACGUUUCAUUCGGAGGCCUCCUGAUGCGACUACAGGGAGAUCCCAACAACCUGCACGGCUUUGAAGUCAACCAAACGCUCUACCUGCUUAUGAAGAAGUUGGCCUUCUAACUUAAUACCAAAGUUAUCUAUUUAUGAAAACCACAUUUAAGGUGUUACAUCAACAUGAUAAGUUUAAGUAAUUGGUGACAGGGCUUUGGAAAUGACUGAAGCAUUGAGUGUUGGGAAUUGGAUAUUGAAUAAAUAUAGAUAAGUAGGAAUAAAGUAAUGGAUAAGUAAUAAGUGAAUGGAGGAAUAAAGUAAAAUAUAUUCUCUAGAGAGAAAAAUGUAAGAUAUUUACUUAAUUGAUUUCUGCAACAUGAUAAGUAUGAGAUAAGUUUUUGAGAUGUCUUGCUAUUGAAAUAAAUUAAUAUAGGAGUGGGAGAUGCUAAAAAUACAGAAAUUUUCAAGAAUCUAUAAAAAAAUUAUUCUCAUGUCUAGAGUGACACUCACGGAGCUAUUGAAUGAUGAAAGAAAGUAAGUUAUUGUGUGUAGGGGAAGAUAUAAGGCAUUUUGUAAAUAGUAUUCUACAUUAGCAUGAUUCAUAGUCACUAUGUCGAAGAAAUGACUUUUUAAUUUUCUUAUAACGUAUCAGAUGAGUAAGAUAUGGUAAGAAAUUAAUAGUAACGAAUUUUAUUGUCAAGCAAUAUUUAAGGAUCUUUCCUUUCAUGAUUUUAUCACACCAAACCAAAAUUAUAAGGAUCAAUUUGGUAAUAAGUUGACUACCGCAUGGAUGUAAAGACAUAUUUACAAACAUAUAAAGAUCUUGUAUAUAAUAUAAGAUCUCUUCUUUAUUGUUUAAUUAACGUGGUUGUCAAUAUAAUAAUUAUUAUUAUAAUUAUUCAACGUGGUUAGAAAUUGAUUUUAAUAAAGUUGUAGGUUGUAUUGAAUGGAAAUAUGGUUAAUGAUUUACUAAACAAAAAUGUCAACAGAUUAUAGGGGAAUUCUCAUUUUACCAUGUUGAAUCAAAUAUCAUUUGCAUUAUAAAUAAUAAGAAAUUGGGAAAUGGAUGGUUGUCUUAUGAGAGGAAUAUGAAUGAUGAUAAGGAUUAUAAUAUUGCUAUAAAAAUGUAAUGACGUUUAUUUUCUCUCAAUUUAUCUCUGUUUGUUAUUGUUGUUUAACUUCCUCUCACAACUAAGCUAGCUUCCUUACUAUGCAUAGUGUCUUACCAAUAUUAUCUAUUAAUUCUUUUUUAACAGUUUUUGAAUAAAUAAAUAAACGGCUUGAAACUUGAAUAGAAUAGUUGAUAGUUGAGAAAUAAUAUGAAAUGUGGAGUAACUUCAUUGACAUACAGAGGGGUCCAAAAAAAUGUUUACACACUUAGACAGUGAAUAUCUUGGUAACGCACUGGCAGGCCGUUUCAGGCCGGAUCAGAAAGAGCGACAUCUUCACAAACAGGUAUCUUCCAAUGUUGUUUAAUCUUUCCUUUUCAAGCAGGCGUAGCAUCGCUGACGCUACACAAUAUGAGUCUUCAAUCCUAAGGUUUCCAACGUAACCGUCGCUCCAUAUAUCUCGGGCAGCGCUUGCGCUUCGAGCUUAACAAUAACACUCGACCACAGCUGAAAAUAUGAUCAAAUACAAAAAUAAUGAAAAAAUAUAUUUUAUUG